AAGGUCUCCCCAACGAUGCCUCUGCAAUCGGACACCCUGCGUGAAGUCUGGACGACCGAACAUAUUCUGGACGAUGAAAGUGUAACGGCUCAGAAACAAAGGCUGGAGAAACAGCGGGCUCUGCUGGAACAGAAGCAGAAGAAGAAGCGACAGGAGCCACAGAUGGUUCAGUCCAACAAUGAAGACAAGAAGGUGAAGAAGACCAAGACAAAGCGCUCAGAUGAACAGGUCCCGGCGGCCGAAUCCAAAGCUGCCAAUCAAAACGGAACAGAAAGGAAGCCAAAAAAGAAGAAACCAAAGGCGGAGCCGGAGGAAGGAGAACAGGAAAAGGAUCCCUACUCUAGGUUCAUUAAGGAUCCCAGGAAGAAGAAGGAGAAUCCCGCAUCCCACUUCUCAGUCGGGAAAACAAUCAAAAAACCAAAGCAAGAUGAUGAGGAGGAGGGGGAGGACCAGCCAGCAGAAGUAACGACAACAAAACGCAUCAAAAAGAAAACUAAAGAGGCCAAGGAGAAAAAGUCAAAACCAAAAGAGCAAGACAAUGGCGAAUCCGAGCCAAAAACCAAAAGCAAAGCCAGCAAAGCACAGAGAAAGGAUCCAAUGCUGGCUUUUCAGGCUGGGGGCGACAAGAAGGAAGGGAAAAGCAAAAAGAAAGACUCACAGUCGGGGAAGGAUGAGAACGAAGACUUGGAACCCAGCUCCAAAGCUGCGAAGAGCAAGAAAAAGAACACUGAAGCCAAAAUGUUCCAGUCGGGGGGAGCCAAGAAAGACAAAAAGAGCAAAAAGAAAGGAUCCGAUGAUGAGGAAGAGGAAGAUCCAUCAAUCACACAAAAGAACAGCAACAAAAAGGGAAAAUCUUCAAAGAAGAAAUCAAACAAUGACUGUGCCUCAGCCAGGAUGGAGUCCCCUGUUGUGGAGGUGGGAAAUCUGGAGGAGUUUGUGCUGAGGCCUGCUCCCCAGAGUGUGACUAUCAAGUGCAAAGUAACAAGAGACAAGAAAGGCAUGGACCGGGGCCUCUAUCCCACCUAUUACCUUCACCUGGACACAGAUGAGAACAAAAAGAUUUUCUUGCUGGCUGGGAGAAAGCGUAAGAAAAGCAAGACGUCCAAUUACCUUAUUUCCAUUGAUCCUACAGACAUGUCCCGAGGGGGAGAGAACUUUAUUGGGAAACUAAGGUCGAACCUGAUGGGAACAAAGUUUACAGUGUUUGACAACGGGGUGAGUGCUGACAAGGGGAAACCCGAUCGUUCCAAUGUGCGUCAGGAGCUUUCUGCUGUCAUCUACGACACAAACGUGCUGGGGUUUAAAGGCCCCAGAAAGAUGACAGUGAUCAUUCCUGCGAUGAACGAGGAACAGGAGCGGGUUCCCUUCCGACCUCGCAAUGACAAUGAUGGGCUGCUGUGCAGAUGGCAGAACAAGAACAUGGAGAACCUGAUCCAGCUACACAACAAGACACCGGUCUGGAACGAUGAGACUCAAUCCUACGUCUUGAAUUUCCAUGGCAGAGUGACGCACGCCUCAGUCAAGAACUUCCAAAUUGUCCAUGAAAAUGACCCUGAUUACAUUGUGAUGCAGUUUGGCCGGGUGGCAGACGAUACCUUCACCAUGGAUUACAACUACCCAAUGUGCGGAGUCCAAGCCUUUGCCAUCGCCCUCUCCAGCUUUGACGGCAAACUGGCUUGUGAAUAAGACUUGGUUACACAUCCCCUCCAGCAACGACCUGGGACUGGCACUGGCUUUUUAAUCCCUGACUGCUCAGCGCCUUGGGAUGUCCUCCCGACAUGAAAGAUCCUUUAUAAAUGUAAUUUUGAAUUGUAUUCAAAAACCCUCUCUUAUUUGUCUUCUGUUGUUGUUUUAAGAUGUGAAACCCAUGUUUAGACUAAAGAAUCUGCUCUGCGAGGCUUCGGAGCAGCAAUGGGAAUCGGAACCUCGAUUUGUGUUCACCCCAUCAAAUCCCAAUGCACAGGAUGGUUCAAGUUUUCAAUGUUUAUUAGGGUGUUUUUUCUGCUCUUAAUUUCUGGUCGCAGUGAUGUUGUCAGCCUGGUAGCACUCUCACCUCUUGGUUGUGGGAUAGUGGGGGUGGUGGAGU